GAGGCACAGCAGAGAGCCAAGAAACCAGUGACUGUGUUGUGAAUGUGCUGACCCCCAAUGCAUGCAAUGCAGUGACAGUAGCAGGCAGGUCAGGAACUCAAGACGUGCCGGACAGGAAGGAUCUGGAGACAAGCCCGGGCCGUCCCCGCCUCCUUUCCUUCCUCCCCUGCCCUCUCCACCCAUGGGGCCUGUGGAGCAGAAGCCGCAGUCACUUCCUGAAAGCCACAGGCCCAGUUCAGUUCCCACUCUCACCGUAACCCGUCACCUGCCUGCCGCCAUGGGGAGCCAUCAGGACUUCCGGAGCCUUCAAGCAAAAUUCCAGGCCUCUCAGCCUGAGACCAGUGAACUCCCCCCCAAAUCUCCAAAGCCUGAGUUCAAGAAACUCCCCAAGAAGUUUCCACAGCCUGAGCCCAGUGAGCACUCUAAGAAGCCCUCACCGCCCGAGUUCACUGAUCUGCCUAGGAAGCCCCCACCGCCCGAGUUCAUUGCAGUGCCCAGGAAGCCCCCACAGCCUGAGUUCACUCAUCUGCCCAAGAAGCCCUCCAAAUCUGAGUUCAGUGAACUCCACAAGAAGUUCCCAGGGCUCGAGGCCACCGUGCUCCCCAGGAAGCCCCUGCAGCCCGAGGUCAGUGAGGACCCUCAGAAGGCCUUACAGCUGGAGCCCAGUGCACUUGCCCAGAAGCCCCAGCAGCCUGACCUCAGCAACCCCAUCAGGCCUCCCACCGAACCCAAAUUCAGUACAUUCCCCAGAAAGUUCUGGCAGCCUGAGUCCAAUGAGGCUAUCCUGAAGGCCUCACAGCCUGAGUUCAGUAACUUGCCAAAGAAGCCCCCACCCCUUGAGUUCAGAAAGCCCCAGCAGCCUCAGAUGCCCCCCUGGAAGCCUGAGCCCAGUGAGCCCCACCCCAACUUUUCACAGCCUGACUUCAGCGCCUUCCCAAAAAAGACCCCACCACCUCAGCUGAGUAACCACCCCAGGAAGGCCCUGCAGCUUGAGCCUGGUGACCUCACCAGGACGUCCUCAGAGCCCGAGGUCUGUGUGUUUCCCAAGAGGCCACAGCAGUCUGAAUUCAAAGCACUUUCUAAGCCCCCAAAGCCCAAGCUGAGCAGCCUCCCCAGGACGUCCUCAGAGCCUGAGGUCAGCUUCUACCACAGGAAGUUUCCACAAUCGGAGGGCCAGGGGACCCCCCGCAAGUUUUCACAGCCUGAAAACAAUGCUCUGCCCAAGAAGCCCCGGCAGGCAGAGUUCUUUGGGGAUCCCUCUAGAAAGCCCCCACUGCCUGGCUCUGUUUCGGAGAGCUCCCUGCCCAUGGCUGUUGUGGGCUCCAGCACCAGAUUCCCACUCAGCCCAGGGUUUGGAGCGAGGCAAAAGAAGUCAGGAGUUCUCAUUCAUGGUGGAGGGUCAAGGCUGGGCCUCAAACCCGGCCACGCACCACGGCAGAGGCCUCUGCCUCCAGUCAGCAGCCUGGGACCGCCACCUGCCAAACCCCCGCUUCCCCCGGGCCUCAAGGAUGUCCAGAGCUUUCAGAGACCCUCGGCAGCAAUCACAACUCUACAGAAGACCUGCUCUUCUGCUGGAAUCCACUUCCAGGCCAGACAGCCUAAGGCCAUCCUAAAGUACCCCUGCAGGGACCAAGAGGAGAUCUAUGAGCUGUACGAUGAUGUGGACCUGACAGACUCCAGCCCCAGCACCAAGGGCAAAGAUGAAGUGCCAUCUAUCCAGCAACCCCCCAGGAAGCCACCAGAAGACCCUGAGCUCAGGAAAGAAAAGGCACCUCAGCCACAGCAGUUGUUGCCUGUGGACCCUAAGGCCCUGAAGAAAAUCCGGAAGGCGGAGAAAGCUGAGAGGGAGUUCCGGAAGAAGUUCAAGUUUGAGGGGGAGAUCGUGAUUCAGACAAAGAUGAUGAUUGACCCCAAUGCCAAGACACGGCGUGGGGGUGGGAAGCACCUGGGGAUCCGACGUGGGGAGAUCCUGGAGGUGAUUGAGUUCACCAACAAGGAGGAGAUGCUGUGCCGGGACACCAAGGGCAAGUAUGGCUAUGUGCCCAGAGUUGCACUGCUGCCCUUGGAAACGGAGGUGUACGAUGACGUUGGCUUCUAGGACCCUCUAGAAAGCCAACCAUUUCCCCGAGAACAAUAAAGCCUGCAGGACUUUAAAGGGGCCCAGGACAACCACCCACUAACCUAGGAAUCCUGGAUCCCAGCUUCAAGGCCACAGAACUGCCAAGGCUCACACCUGACUGUACAUGGACCACAUAAAGCCUUUCUUUAAAGUGA